AUGAUGAGUGGCAUCGGCUUGGCACUUGCCUUCAUGAUCGCGAUGACGGGAAGCGCUUUGAUCUAUCGCUCCGCACUGGGAGGGAAGAAGGAUCUUCUUGUGUUCAACCUGGGGGUGGUUCCCUCUUCUGCCAAGCUGGCCAAACGGAUGAAGGAGAUGUGUCUGAUGUUGGAGAGAAUGGACACGGAGGAUGUUUCAACUGCGAGCCUUGAACUGCCAACGGGAGGAAAAGAAGAAACACGGAAAGUGGGUGAGUUGGAUGUCAUUUGGGUUAUCCUAUGCGGAGCAGCACUGAGCCGCGAUGGCCUCCAACCUACUUUACUAGCGAUGGCCUCCAACCGAGUAGCGAUGGCCUCCAACAUAAGAGCAAUGGCCUGGUUUUUGGCUUUUCAAGUACCCAGUGCUCAUGUGACUGGACAUGAAACCCACUUGCUUCACUUCUUGAUCGCUGCAGGCAAGGCUGCAGCUCGUCGCUCAGGUUUUUCCAACUUCAUCGUGUCAAGAAAUGCCUUGAGUUGCGGUUGGGGUUGGGGCUUCAUUUCCCUUCAAAUCACAAGUUUCAAUGGAGGGGGGAAGUGCACCCCAUCAUCAGUGCACAUGACCGCACACGUUUUGGGACACUGUUGGCCAACCAACAAUUUGAUCUUAAAUCUGUCUGUAUUUAUAUAA